UGUUCACAGUGUACAGUAUCAGUAUCCCGUGCUUACCGCUAAGAAAACGGUAGUAAAUCAGCUGCGUCAAUUUAGCUGAUCCGUUUAUUUGUUUACUAUAUGUGUUGUUUGUUUUGAUUAUUACUACCUAAUUAGACGUCAAAAUAUUUUUAAUUGUACAGUAAUUAUGUGAAAAGCGCAAAUGAUGUGACAUAAACAGAUUUAUUUUCUUGUAUAAAUAGAUGUGGCCGAGUUUAAAACGAACUCGGACGUGUUAUUUUAAUAUAGCACAGUGCAGUGUUAGCGUGAUUUUUUUAUGAGUUGAUUUUUUGAUAUAGUAAAUAAAAACUGUCUCACAUUGAGAUGGCGACGUUACCAAGAAUGAAUCAUUCGAAGCAUGGGAAUAGCAUAUCAUCAGCAUUUAGCACCAGCCCCCGGGCACUCAAAGAGAUGACGCUCCCUUCGCCUGAGGGUCACAAUGUGACAGUUGCCAGUGGAGUUAGCAUGAAGCAAUACGAGGAACAGUUGAACUCAUUACGCAAAGAAAACUUUAAUUUGAAACUAAGGAUAUAUUUUCUUGAGGAAAAACUGGGUCAUGGAGCACCACCCGCCGUUCAAGGUUUAUUAGAACACAAUGUAAGGCUACAAGUAGAAGUUGAAGAACUAAGAAGACAACUAAGCGAUAAGCAAGAACUUCUGGCCGCGGCUGCCGAAGCUAUCGACGUAUUGGAACAUCAGGGGUCUAUUUCAACAGAAGGAGUGGAAACAUCAAUGAACAACAGCUGUGCCAUGAGAAAUGCCAUAAAUGAGGAAGCAAAGGCUACAGAAACGCAACCAGAAGCUGUCGACGACACAUAUCCGGAAUCGGAAUCAGCUGGGGACUAUCUUGCAGUAACAGUAAAUAAUGAAGAUUUGGAUCAAUUAACAAAGCUUCGCAAAGAAAACCACAAGGCUCUACAAAUGAUCAAGGGAUGUAUGAAAAAAAUACAACAACAAGAUAAAGAAAUAAAGAAGUUGAAACUGGAUAAGGAACUAACGUAUGCUCAUGUAAGUGACUCGCAAAUUGAAAAGUACAAUGAAAUUUUGAAAUGCAAAGAUGAACAUAUCAAAGAUUUGGAAAAUAGACUGAGAAAUUUACAGAAAAAUUCUGAAAUGCAACAAAAUGAAGAUUCCUCAGGCAACCUGCAACAACUACUGACACGACGUUUACAAGGCAUGGCGUACUUCCUUGAUAAGCUGUUAUCCCACAAAUGUGUCCUCGGAGAAGAAAAAAAGAAAUUAGCAGAAAGUAUUUUAGAGCAAAGUUUAGCAUUACCAGUUGGUCUGAAAUUGGACGAGACUAUGGCACCUGAAGAUUUUACAAUGGAUGAAAGUAAUCUUGAUAUCUCACAAUCGUUAAGAAUAGAGGAUUUAACUAUGAUGUUUGGACACCAUGUGAUGUGCAGCGAUGACACCAAGAGGUACUCAAUGAAAAAAUUAAAUAAUAAACAUUUCCCUCAAGCGGAUGUGAUAUCAGAAUCUGAAUGUUGGUCAGAACCAGAUAGAAAAGUAUCGAUGGCUAGAGUAGGUCUUUGCGAUACUGGCGUUGCCGGCAAAGAAAUUGUAUCCGACAGUAAUAAAGCCAGACCACGCCGGUCUCGCAUCUCUUAUGGUUCCCGCUCUGAUGAUAAUAAAAUUAUUAAUGAAUCGGCAUUCCUAGAAGAAAUUCGCGAACUAACUAAUCACAAUGAACAACUGGAAGAAGAAAAGAAAGACCUUGGUAACAAAUUAGAACAGGCAAUGACGAGAAUCAACGAAGUUAUAAGCGAGAAAGAUGAACUAUUGGAGGCUUUAACCUCGGAACGUAAUAACGUUGUUGAAGCUAAUAACAAUUUGGAUGCGCUUAGAAAUACUUACUUAACAAUGGAGUUCAGGCUAAAAGACUGUGAGCAGCAACUUGCUUACAACAUUCAGUUAACAGAUAAAUUACGUAAAGAGAGGCAAGAUUUAGAAACAACGUUUAUGGAGACUGAGAGAUGUUUGAGACGAGCGGCGGACGAGGCGACCGUGCAGGCGUCGCAAGCCGCGCUGGAGAGGGCCAGAGCACAACAUGACAAACUACAAAUUGAAAGAGAAUUAGAGGAAGCUAGGGAUAAACUCACCGCCGCUUUAGAUGCAAACGCACAGUUAGAAAUACAAUUAACUCGUAAGGUAGCGUUAGAGGCCGACCAUAAAGUUGCUGAAAUGCAAGAAGCCGCUCAUUCCGAGGAGGACCGACCGACUUCUCCGGACCAGGGCAUCGAUAGUGACAGGCUUUCUAGUUUAGAACAAAAUGAUGCCAUUUCAUUGUCGCCACGAUCGUUGUAUGAAGAGAAUUUGAUACUGAAACAGAAACUAGCGCGGACGAAGGCGACGCUGGCGGAGACGCUGACGCAGCUGAACGCGGCCAACAUGCGCAAGCGCAGCGUGCAGCGCGCGAUCUGCCGCGAGAUACACAAGACGCAAGGCGUCUUGCGCAAAGCACGCGACCAAUUUGAAAAUCAUGACUGAACAUUUAUCUUCCUUUUAAAAUUGUAUCAUUUUAAUUGUAAUAUUAUUUAAAUAUUGACAUCGUGGCCUUUCCA